AUGGCUUUUGACGGGCGGCAGGUUAGGGCUUUGGGUCGGGUGACGGUGUGUGUGAUUAUUGGGAUUGUUUUGGGGGUUCUGGUUUUUGCUUCGACGACGGUGACGGCGGCGAGAGGGUACGGCGGAGCUGGGUUUAAUCCGGCGAGGUGUUUGGGCCCGGCGGUUGUGAGGGGUGGGCAUUUAUGGGAUGGGCAUUGGGUGUUUUGGGUUGGGCCGGGGGUUGCUUCGGUGGCGUUUGUUUUGUACGUCAAGGUUAUUCCACGGGAGCAUUUCCAUGAAAUAGAGCGAGUGAGCAAGUGA